AUGCGUGUUGAGAGCGAUCUUCAAGGAUUUCCCUACGUUCCAUGGGUGUUGGUCGAUGGGCGUCAUACAGAUGCUGCUCAGCAAGAUCUCAUGGCUGCCGUCUGUCAAUUAUUAGAGGCCCCCAAACCUUCUGCUUGCGAAACAACGUCAUUUAGAAGUCUCUUCAGCCAGCGACAGGACUUGACUAAGGAUGAAUUCUGCAGAGAAGCGCAAACAACAUCUUCAGACGCUGGAGCAAGAAAUGGUAGAAAGAAACGGAGGAAAUGCUCCGUAGAAUGCUCUGUAGAGAAAAGUGAAGAAAGUCAAAGCAGAAAAGAAAUAUCGGGGCUUUCUCCGAAUUGGCAAUCUGCUGGAAUAGAAUCAAAAUGCAAGAAGGUCAAAAUGGUUGUCCCAUGUGGUAUCAAAUCUUUUAGUUUGAAACAAAUCAAAACGCUUCCAAGAAACCCAUCUUGGCCUGAAGUGGUUGGGUUGGAUUGCGAAAUGGUCGGUGGAGGAAUAAAUGGUUCAAGAAGUCUUCUAGCGAAAAUCGCUAUAGUAAACGAGUUUGGAGAGGUUGUCAUGAAUGAGUAUGUCAGACCUCGAGAGACAGCGUUGAUGUGGUUUCCGGAAGACAAGUUCGUUCGAGACACAAGCCUCUAUCUUCCUUUACGCGAUGGUGUUGCCGGUUGUUCUCCAUCCUCUCAACAGAAGGCAUCUUUGAAACGUUUAGCCGCUCACUGGUUGGACCGUGAAGUACAGGUCGGGGCCCAUGACCCUGUAGAGGAUGCGCAAGCUGCACUGGACCUUUAUAUGUAG